AUGGCUAUGCAGAUCGAUAUCCCUGGUGCCGACACCUUGGUCAUCGUGUCUAGCGAGUCCAGAUACAAGCUGCACUCAGCUCAACUCAUGCAGGCCGCCGAUGCAUUCGCUGAUCUUCUGAAGAUCCCUGGACCCAACUUGUCACGCGAGGGACAGCGUAUUGGUGUCCGCUAUCUUCUCGUUCUCCAGGACUUUGAUGAGGCUACCAGGAGAUAUAUCUACCCGGUCUUCAGACGUAUUCCUGUUGAUCAAGGUGGUCGUCCCCUCAAGAAAUACAGUCUGAUGCACGAGAAUGAGGAGAACCCUCGUAUCCGUCCUACUCUCUUUGCCGACUAUGACAGAUUGCUGCGUAUCUUCGUCAACCAGCCUGUUGCCUUCAACGACGAGAGUGUUGACACGCUGCUCCCUGACUCCUUAGGUCUGCUCGAAGUUGCUGAGAGACUCGGUGCUCUGCCUAUGGUGGCAAAGCUCAUUGAGAACGGCUUGAUUGUCAAGGGUCAGGAGAUCUUCAGAGCCGUCUCCGCUAGCCCUGUCAUCUGGAUCGACGUUGCCUACCGUAUUCAGUCCAAGGUGCUGUUCAAGGAGGCCCUGGUCCACCUCACUGGCAACUACAACGCACUCAUGCUCACGCCCCCUCAGGAGGCCUUCCUCAAGAAGUACCCUAGAGCACGCUCGGUCCUUGACCAACUCACCCCUGAGCUCCGUAAUCUAUUGGAGGCCAAGCACGAUGAGCUGAAGACCAUAUGCCAGUACGUUGAGAAGGAGGUCAGCUCUCACUAUCUUCCAGGACUCCAGAAGUCUUCUGUGACUGGUAUGGCCAAGGAUGGCACCAUCAGCAGACACGACUAUGGCAAGGACAUCUUCAGCUGGAUCGCUGUCGGUCUCUACCGCCAUUGGUGGGGUCUGACUCUUGCUUCGGUUAAAACCUACCAGAACAAGUACGGCGGUCAUGACAUGUACACCCGCCUCUUCAACGGCGGUGGAAGCUAUCUUACCCGCGAAGUCCAGAGCGGCUUCCACCAGCACUUUCCCAUGUCCAGCAGAGCUCAGAAGGUUGUCGAGAACAACCUGGACAUCAUCAAAGCUGGUGUUGUCAAGAUCGCCACUCCGCUCAUGAAGAACGAGAGCCAGCUUGACAUUGCCACCACUCCCGUCAAGUGGUUGACCUGCAUCAAGGUCAAGGGCACCGACUACCUUUGGGACCCUGAGAUCGAGUACGAGCAGAAGCCUGAAGAAGAGCCCGAAGAAGAACCCGAAGAGGAGUUCGAGGGAGAGUUUGAAGGAGAGUUCGAGCAGGAGGCCGAGGUGGGCGCCGAGCAGCCAUCUGAAAUCCAGCCGGUCUCUGAGAAGGCCAAGGGUAAGAGACCCGCAACCAAGGCCCCUGUCGAGAACAAGGGAAAGAGACGCGCAGUCGAGGCUCCUGUUGAGACUGGUUCUUCAAUCGAGCCAGUCCGCAAGAAGGGCAAGGGUCGUGCCACCAUGCCCUUUGGCGAGGAGGAUGUUGAUGCUGACGAGAACGGAGACGCAGAGGGCGAAGAGGUUUGA